AUGGCUCAGCACGUACCGCCUUCACAGGCCCCGAAGCAGUUUGUGCUCUGUUUUGACGGAACUGGCAACAAGUUUGCCGGCGAUGAGUCGGAUAGUAACGUCUUGAAAAUCUUUCGCAUGCUGGAUCGCAGUAAACCGCACCAGUACCAUUACUACCAACCAGGUAUUGGUACCUACGUGACAACAAAGUCACUCAGCAGUCAUGGUCGCAUUCAGCGCAUUAGAUCCUGGUACGAAAAGGCCAAAGAUUCGGCCAUUGGAUCUUCUUUUGAUGAGCAUGUGAUGGGAGGGUACAAGUUUUUGAUGCGAUACUAUUCUCCUGGUGACGAGAUCUUCUUCAUCGGUUUCAGUCGUGGAUCAUAUAUCGCCCGUUUUUUGGCCGAGAUGCUCGACUACAUCGGUCUGCUCGAGGCCGGUAACGAAGAACUGAUCAGAUUUGCUUGGAAGACUUUCGCCAAGUGGCAACAACGCCAAGGUGAUUCUGAGGAUGAGCACGAGGAGAAGAAGAAACUCUUCGAGUAUAUGAAGGCUUUCCGUGAAACAUUCAGUCGUCCGAUCACGCGCAUCAAGUUUAUGGGGCUUUUCGAUACCGUCAACAGUGUCCCGCGAUUCGAGAAUGCCUGGAUGCAGCGCAGCAAGUUCCCCUAUACAGCCCGUAGUUCCGCCAAGGUCAUUCGUCAUGCAGUCGGUAUUGACGAGCGCCGUGCCAAGUUCCGUCAGGAUUUGAUCUCUGGAAAGCGCCCACAAGACAAGCAUAAGCACCACCGUCACCACCUUCCUACACCACACAUGCCACACAUGCCACACAUGUCACACACUCCCCACAACGAGAACCCCCUGGCACACCACGUUGAUACCCAACACCAUCUGCAUGUCCACCAGAAGGAUGCACCCCCGGAUGAGGUGCCGGCUAUCCGUUUGAAUGAUGAUUCUGGAACUCCUGGAGCGGAGAAAGUGGCCCCAGUUGAGGGAGUACCCCCUUCGGAAAAUCCUGGAUGGGGUCCCAACCCAGGCGAGUCAUACUAUCACUCUCACUCUCACCUUCACCCGGGCUCCUCAAACCAGGGUAGUGACAGCAACUUCGGAGAGAAGCCUCACCGAUACCGCGCAUCAUCUCCUCGACGAUCUGGUCUGACUGUUCCGAACGGAAGGGUAUCCGUGGAUGACUCCAGAUCAGUUCGCAGUGGUCAGUCUGGCCACCUAUCUAUCCAAGUUCCCAGUCAUGCCGGCGAUGGCUAUGACAGUGAUGAUGAAGAACAGGACAUUCACGAAGUGUGGUUCCCAGGAUGUCACGCUGAUAUUGGCGGAGGAUGGAAACUCCAAGGUGGAGAGCUAUGGGCCCUGAGUCACGCUCCAUUAGUCUGGAUGGUGCAAGAAGCCCAUAAAGCAGGUCUGGAACUGGAUGAGCGCAAGAUGAAGCAGUUCCAGUGUCUUGAGGAGUUCGAUGGUGACUACACUCCCAUCCAAGAAACUAUAGGCAACCGCCGCGGUAGCCGCAUCAGUCAGCAACCGGGCCAGGAUGACCCCAACGCCUACCGUGAAGCUCCCAAUGAGAAGCAGCGUUCCGCUGCCAGCCGUGACUUCUGGCAUGCGCUGCACACAUCCAGCACGAAGGGUCUCCUGCACGACUGUCUCGAGUUCAAGCAAGGCUUACCAACUACCUCUGUUAUCUCCUGGCGAAUCAUGGAGUGGCUACCGUUCCGUCGCAUGGAUCUCCAGGGUGAUGGUUCGUGGAAACCCAUUCGCUGGCCGCUGCCGCGUGGUGAGGUCCGGGAUGUGCCGCUUGACGCUGAGAUUCACGUGUCUGCCAUCCGGCGUAUGCAAGCUGACCCCAAAUACCGCCCUGGUAACAUUAUUGUUGGUGGCGGUGGUCGUGGUGUGCGUAUUGCUCCCACCUAUCUCGGUAUGGGAGAAUGGGAGGUGCUCAAGAACGAGGGUGAUGGAGUCCGCGAAACAUACGUGCGGAAAGACCAAGCCACCAAGUGCAAGGAUGAGGUGCCACACGAGCACGAGCACGCUCAAUGA